AGCUCGAAGUAUGCUUUACCCGAGAAGCUGAGGCUGUGGAUAAGGUUUGCCCCAAGCCUUCCUUUGUGCCUGGAGCCCUGAGCCCAAGGCUCUUGGAUUCAACCUUUGAAGAGAAAGUUUGCCAUGUCAGCAAAGAAACAACUACAGACGCAGCAUGAGCCAUAGCAGAGGUUCAGCAUCAGACUCGGUCCGGUGGUGGGGCAUCUUGGUGAACAGCUCUUCAAAAGCUUCCCAGGAAAACAUGAUUCCCCAGUCUUCGCUUCUCAUUUGCCUUUUCCUGCUUAUCGCUGCUUCCUGGGAGUUCUUUGCUGAAGCCAAUUAUACUAGAAGCUAUCCGUGCGAUGAGAGAAAGCAGAAUGGCUCUGUUAUCGCAGAGUGUAACAACCGCCAACUGCAAGAAGUCCCCCAGACAGUGGGCAGGUAUGUGACAGAACUAGACCUGUCUAAUAAUUUCAUCAAGCACAUAACAAACGAAUCAUUUCAAGGGCUGCAAAACCUUAUGAAAAUAAAUCUAAAUCACAAUGCAAUGAAUAAUAACGCCAUGAAUAUUACGGAUGGGGCAUUCCUGAACCUAAAAAACCUAAGGGAGUUACUGCUUGAAGACAACCAGUUAUACCAAAUACCUGCUGCUUUGCCAGAGUCUUUGAAAGAACUUAGUCUAAUCCAGAACAAUAUCACUGUGGUAACUAAAAAGAACGCUUCGGGACUAAUGAACUUGGAAAGGCUUUAUUUAGGCUGGAACUGCUAUUUUGGCCAUGAUUGUAAAAAACUUUUUGACAUAGAAAGUGGAACGUUUGAGAAGCUUACAAAUUUGAAGGUACUCUCACUAUCGUUCAAUGAUCUUUCCCACGUGCCACCCAAACUGCCUAGCUCCCUAACCGAACUUUAUCUUAGCAACACCAACAUCCAAAUCAUCCGUCAAGAAGAUUUCAAGGAAUUGAAAAAUUUAACAAUACUUGAUUUAAGCGGUAACUGUCCGAGGUGUUUCAAUGCACCGUUUCCAUGUAAACCUUGUGAGGGCAACUCUUCAAUUCAGAUCCAUCCCCUUGCUUUUCAAACCCUGACCCAACUUCGCUACCUAAACCUCUCCAGCACUUCCCUCCAGAAGAUUCCUGCAACCUGGUUUUACAACAUGACUAGACUAAAGGUGCUGUACCUUGAAUUCAACUACUUACUGUAUGAGAUAGCCUCUGGGGCAUUUUUAACAUACCUGCCAUCUUUAGAAAUACUUGACUUAUCUUUCAACUAUGCAAGGACGGAAUAUCCACAAUAUAUAAAUCUUUCCAAAAACUUCUCGAAGCUUGAGUCUCUCCAGGUAUUGCAUUUAAGAGGUUAUGUGUUCCAGGAACUUAGAAAAGAAGAAUUCCGCCCUCUCCUAGGGCUCCGCAACUUAAGGGCUAUCAACCUGGGCAUUAACUUCAUUAAACAAAUCGAUUUUACCAUUUUCCAACAUUUCCCCAACCUGAGUAUCAUUUAUUUGUCAGAAAAUAGAAUCUCACCCUUGGUAAGUGACAUGAGGCAAGAUGAUACAAACCGUUCAUCUUCCCAAAGUCAUAUCCUUCAACCACGUUCAGCAUAUACUGAAUUUGACCCACAUUCGAAUUUUUAUCAUAGCAGCAAUCCAUUAGUAAAGCCACAAUGUAGCGCUUAUGGCAAAGCCUUAGAUUUAAGCUUGAACAGUAUUUUCUUUAUUGGGCAAAAGCAGUUCGAAGCAUUCGAUGACAUCGCCUGUUUAAAUCUGUCUUCAAAUGGCAACGGCCAAGUGUUACAUGGAACUGAGUUUUCGGCUGUGCCCCAUAUCAAAUAUUUGGAUUUGACGAGCAAUAGAUUAGACUUUGAUGAUGACAAAGCUCUCACCGAAUUGGUUGAGCUAGAAGUCCUAGAUCUCAGCUAUAACGCACACUAUUUCAGAAUAGCUGGGGUAACACACCGUCUGGGAUUUAUUACAAAUUUAACCCAGCUAAAAGUUUUAAACUUGAGCCACAACAGCAUUUACACUUUAACGGAGUAUAAUCUAACGAGCAUGUCCCUGGAAGAAUUAGUUUUCAGUGGAAACCGCCUUGAUCUCUUGUGGAACUAUGAAGAUGACAGGUACUGGCAUCUCUUCACAUUUCUCAGGAACCUGACGCGGCUCGAUUUAUCCUUUAAUAACCUUCGGCGCAUCCCGAAUGAAGCAUUCCGUAACUUGCCCCACAGCCUCAGAGAACUAUACAUAAACAAUAAUGUGUUAAAUUUCUUUAACUGGACAUUACUCCAGCACUUUCCUCACCUCCGCCUGCUUGACUUAAGUAGAAACAAGCUAUCCACCUUAACGAAUAGCCUGUCAGCAUUUACGUCUUCUCUUCAGACGCUGCUGCUGAGGCAAAACAGGAUCUCCCACCUGCCCUCUGGUUUCUUUUCUGAAGCCAGAAGCCUGGCCCACCUCGAUUUAAGUUCCAACCUACUCAAGAUGAUCAACAAAUCUACGCUUCAAACUAAGACAGCCACCAAUCUAGCCAUUUUGGAAUUAGGAGGAAACCCUUUUGACUGCACGUGUGACAUUGGAGAUUUUCGAAGAUGGAUGGAUGAAAAUCUGAAUGUCUCAAUUCCUAGGCUGACAGAUGUCAUUUGUGCCAGUCCUGGAGAUCAAAGAGGGAAGUGCAUUGUAAGUCUAGAGCUCACAACUUGUGUUUCAGAUGCCAUUGCAGCAAUAUUAUUUUUCUUCACAUUCUUUGUCACCACCAUGGUGAUGUUGAUUGCCCUGGCUCACCAUUUGUUUUACUGGGAUGUUUGGUUUAUCUACCAUGUGUGUUUAGCGAAGAUAAAAGGGUACAGGUCUCUUUCCACAUCUCAAACUUUCUACGAUGCCUACAUUUCUUAUGAUACCAAAGAUGCCUCUGUCACAGACUGGGUGAUAAAUGAGCUGCGCUACCACCUAGAGGAGAGUGAAGACAAAAAUGUUCUCCUUUGCUUGGAGGAGAGGGAUUGGGACCCAGGAUUAGCCAUCAUCGAUAACCUCAUGCAGAGCAUCAACCAAAGCAAAAAAACCAUCUUUGUUUUAACCAAAAAAUAUGCCAAGAACUGGAGCUUUAAGACAGCUUUCUAUUUGGCCCUGCAGAGGCUGAUGGAAGAGAACAUGGAUGUGAUCAUCUUCAUUCUGCUGGAGCCAGUGCUACAGCACUCUCAGUAUCUCAGGCUGCGGCAGCGGAUCUGCAAGAGCUCCAUCCUCCAGUGGCCUGACAACCCCAAGGCGGAAGGCUUGUUCUGGCAAAGUCUGAAAAACGUGGUCUUAACUGAGAAUGAUUCACGGUAUAACAAUUUAUACGUGGAUUCCAUUAAGUAAUGCUACCUGAUGUUAAGUCAGAGUUCAACAACAUAAUAAAAAUGCAAAGCAACUACUCUUCUGUCUCAUGAUCUAUUGCCGUAUGACAAAUUGCCCCCCACCAAACUUGGUGGUUUAAAACAACACGAACUUAUCAGCUCAUAGUUUCUGUAGGUCUGGAGUCCAGGCUUGGCUUAGCUGGGUGCUCUGCUUUGGAUCCUCUCACAGACUGCAAUCUGGGUGUCGGCCAGGGCCGCAGGCAUCUCCUGGAGAAGGAUCCAUUUCCAAGGUCAUACUCCUGUGGUUGCUGUCGGGAUUCAGUUCAUCUUGGGCUGCUGGCUAACGGCUUCUCUCAGCUCCUUGCCAUGUGGGCCUCUCCCACAUGUCAGUUUGUUUCAGAAAAGCCAGCAAAAGAGAGUUGUCUGCUACCAAGAUGGAAAUCACAAGGUUUUAUAAUAUAAUCAUGGGAGUGAUAGCCCAUUCCUUUGGCCAUAUUUUAUUUUUAGAGGUAAAGCACAGGUCCCACCCACAAGCCAGGGAAAACAGUCUAUGGCCGAGAUGGCAGCUGUGUGCCUCAGUCUAGGGACAACACUGGAUAAUGGAGAUGGUGGCCCAUGAUUGUAAACAGUCCAUGACUGAGAUGGCAGGCUUGAUCACCUAGGUCCAAGGAAAACAGCUGAUGACCGACAUUGCCACAGUCCAGGGAAAAUAUUCGAUAGCCAAAAUGGGGGGAAGUGAUUGCCUCAGUCCAAGGAAAACUGCCCAUGACAGAUGCCAGGCCAGCUCGCUUCAGUACAGGGAAAACAACCGAUAACCGAGAUGGGUGUUCUGAUACCUCAGUCCCGGAAAAACAGUGGAUGGCCUAGAUGGGUGUCAUGAUUCCUCCAGUCCAAGGAAAGCAGUUGAUAAUGGAGAUGGCAGCCGUGAUGGCCUCAGUUCAGGGAAAGGAGUCAAUGACUGAGAUAGGGCACCAUGAUCGUUUCAGUUCAGGGAAAACAAUUGAUGACCGACAUUGUAGCAGUGAUUGCCUCAGUGUAGGGAAAACAGCCAAACACCGAGAUGACAGGCCUGAGCCUUCAGUUUAGGGGAAACAAAACUGAGAUGAAUAAGCAUGAUGCCUCAGUCCAGAGAAAAUAGCCUAUGACUGAGAUAGGGCACCAUGAUCUCAUCAGCUCAGGGGAGAUAGCCUAUGACUCAGAUGG